ACUGAAAUACCGUGGCAAUUAUAGAGUUGUUGUUAAGUCGCUGCUAGGCUGGUUUUAUUAUCACCGGACAGAGUCUUUGUUAAAAUGCUACACUAAGCUAACCGUUUGCCUUGGCUGUAGCGUCACAUCUAUUAGAUAAAGACAGCGGUGUCUAUCUAGGUCGUGUUUAUAAUGUGUAUUUCUCCCCCAUUUCACAUCUGAAUUAUUCGCUGUGUAAAACAAACGCGAGCAACAAGUAAACGUUGCUCUUUUGAGCGUCGUUUAUUGCACAGAAAUCAAAGAGUUAAUGGAUCAACGUUGCUCUUUUAGUGUAUUUACGGUAGCGGUGCUCUUCCAAUCCCGCAGCAGCACUUUCUCCUGCCUGCGGUCACAUCUUGUUGCCAGAACUUCAUUGACGCGGUGACGCUGGGUAUCAUUGUUAUUCAUUCAAGCUCUGCGUCUUUUUUUCUUCGUUUAAUUGCCUUUAUUUUGCACACACACAAAAAAAAUCGCAGCGAGACGCACGUCCAGCUUUGCCGCAUGCUUGUGUCUUUGUUCACAGCCCGUUUUGGAGUCGCUUCUUCUUUUGGAGUUGUUUUCUUGCGGACGAUUUAAAGGAGCACUGAUCCAUCAGCCAGCGUUUAAACCUCUCAGCUUUAAGGAUAAGAUUCUUUCUUAGAGACGGUUAUAUAAUCAGCGAGAUCAUUCCCGUCCGUGUUCAUGCCAGAUCUGCAGCGUUUUAGUUUUCCAUACCAUAGCAUGAAUCCUUUGUUGGGGGCCAAUACGCAUCUCCAACAGCAUCCGCAGCAGAGCCAAACUCCCGGACACCCAGACUCCCCCUCAGUCAUCCUCCCUGACGCCGUUUUCGGUGGACCGGACCCGGCGUCUUUUCUACUAGGUGAUCAACCCAGCCCGGGGCCUGAUCAUCCGGGGCCUGACUUCACCGCACCCUCACAGACCUCACCUUACCUCCAGCAGUACCAUCACCGCGCUGUGCCGCAUCAACCCGCAGCCAUGGCUCUUAGAAACGACUUGGGAUCCAACAUCAGCGUCCUCAAAACUCUCAAUCUGAGGUUCAGAUGCUUUUUAGCAAAAGUGCAUGAAUUAGAGCGCAGAAAUAAGAUUUUAGAGAAGCAGCUGCAACAGGCGCUGGAUGCCAACAAGGGCUGUCAAGGUGGAUGCUGUGAUAGCAGGGCUCAUACCCAGGAAGCAGGAGUGCAGACCGGAUUUGUCGGGACCAUACAGCUCAGGCCCGGCUCCCUCCCCUUCCACAACACCAACAACUCAGCCAGGAGGCCUACAACACUGUUCCCAACGCCACUCACUACAACCUUCCCGCCUGCAGCUGCUGAAAACUCCUGUUCAACCCAAACAAACACCACUUGUAACCCAGCUAUCACCAUUAGCCAGUGCUCUCCCUGUGUGGACUCCCCCGGCUCUGGCCCCAAAACUGUCCCCAACAGUGCAGGCCAGGGAUGCUCCACCAACCCUCCCCCAAGGUUCCUCCCAGGAACCAUCUGGUCCUACAACCACACCCGCAAGUUUGGCCCCGGUGCGGAGCGUCUGACCAGCCCAGGAGUUUCCUGGGUGCACCCUGAUGGAGUUGGGGUCCAGAUUGACACCAUCACCCCUGAGAUAAGGGCCCUGUAUAAUGUCCUGGCCAAAGUGAAGAGGGAGAGAGACGAGUAUAAACGCAGAUGGGAAGAAGAAUAUACUAUGAGGAUGGAUCUGCAACAGAAAAUUGCAGACCUACAAGAGGACCUGCAGGAGAGUGAAGGCUGUCAGGACGAGCUGGCUCUCAGAGUUCAGCAGCUGAAGGCAGAGCUGGUUCUCUUCAAAGGCCUCAUGAGCAAUAACUUGUCAGAUUUGGACAGUAAGAUCCAGGAGAAGGCCAUGAAGGUUGACAUGGACAUCUGCCGCAGGAUCGACAUCACCGCUCGUCUCUGUGACGUAGCUCAGCAGAGGAACUGUGAAGAUGUGAUCCAGAUGUACCAGGUUCCAAACAACCAAUCAUCCCUAAACUGCCGCCGGAAACAAACCCCCCUGUCCUUCAAUGGGAGUGAGUGUGAUGAACCUGUGAGCACCUCUGAAAGUGAUGGGGGGGUGGUCAAAGACGAAGAGCACUGUGGCUCAUCAGCCAAUCAAAUCAAUGAGGAGAUGCAGAGAAUGCUGAACCAACUGCGGGAAUGUGAGUUUGAGGAUGACUGUGACAGUCUGGCUUGGGAGGAGACCGAGGAGACACUGCUUCUUUGGGAGGACUUCCCAGGAUGCACUCUGCCUCCUGACCCUACCCACCCACCAGGAGAGGAGGACUGUCUGGAAAAGGUGAUUAAUGACACUGAAUGUCUUUUCAAGUCCCGAGAGAAGGAAUACCAAGAGACAAUUGACCAGAUUGAGCUGGAACUGGCUACAGCAAAGAGCGAUAUGAACCGACAUCUGCACGAGUACAUGGAGAUGUGCUCCAUGAAAAGAGGCCUUGAUGUUCAGAUGGAGACCUGCAGAAGACUCAUCACACAGAGUGGAGACAGUAACUCUGCAGCACCUGCGUCCACUGAGGACAGUGACCAGAGAGAGAGUGACAGGUCUUCAGCAUCACCGCCCUCUUCCUCGAGCGCCGGGAGGUCUUGACACUCCCUUACUGCGGCACCAAUCAGGGCUGUGAUCACGUGACCUCUACUGCGUUCGGCUACAGUACCACACCAACGUAAUACACACCUGUAACUAUGGCAACACCAUGUUUACAUAUGAACCCCUUCAUUUACUGAGUCACACUGUUUAUUCGCCUUGCUGUCCACAUAAAUCAGCUUUGGUCCAAGGAGACUUUAAACGAUGGGACUGUGAUUGAGUAGCAGAGCUGGAUUUUUGUCAUUUCUACUCCAUGCAGAUGUCACUGCCCUGCAGAGGGGAGAGGUUCUUCUUGUAGUUGGACCCUGUCAUCUCAUGUUUGACAGCAGUAGUUAAGAAAAUGGAUCUUAUUAUGUUUGUUAUGUAAACAUUCAGAAGGUCGCAGACUCUGAAUUUAUUGUAAGUAAAUGGGCUGAUGUACAGUUAAGUGCAGUAGGCUACAGGAAAGCAUAGCAUGACUUAUUCACUCCACACACAAUAAAAAACACUUGCAUCUGAAGCUAACUAAGAAAAUACCUGUUGUAAUGUCACUAGAUCAUAAAGUCCACUCCACACACAUUUACAGUCUGAUAAUUUACCUUAAACGAACAAGCAAACCAAAAAAAACAGGGAGCAAGACAGUUCGAGUCAUGCUAAAAAGGUUGAGUUAAGUGAUUGGCGAGUUUUGUAUUGAUAGUGAUGAGCUUUAAAGUCAAAUAAGAUGUCAUAAUUCAGCAUUUUACUGCCUCAUAGCUGCAGAUUUUGAGCUUGUGUCUGUAGCAGAUUAAUCCACAGGCAAAGCGAACCUCAAGUGAAGAAUAAAUCAUAACAUAUAUGCUUUAUUUAGCAAAAACAUAAAGUUGAGAAAUUAUUUCACAAAAGAACCAAAAUAGCUGUGUGUAUAUUGGAGCAGCAGACUUGUGUCUCAUGCCUCCUCUUUUUUGCCAAUAGAAAAAAAGAAAGUUUUGGACUGGUUGGUCUGUACAAUGACCAAUUCACUUAUUUAUCUGCUGUGAAUUAUCCAGCUCCUAACAGGAUUUUUAAUGGGAGAGAGAAAUCCACCAGUUUAACAGUUUAACCAUGUUAUCCAUUGCUGAUGUACUUCAGAGUUCCUUGCUCAGUCAAUUCUGCAUUAAAUGUACGAAUAAAUGGCCAAAAUAGCUAAUAAUCAUGUGACAAUAUAUCCACUGCAGUUACAAUACAUUUUGAACAAUACUUACAAUAUUGGCUGUAAGCAUCAGCAUCACUUUGAUGUCAGGCUUGGAAAGAGCAAACUACACCAACAUUGCAACCCUCAUACACGGAGAAAUCCAUCCUAGAAGAGGCACAACGACAAUUUUUCAUUGAGAAUUAUUGAAAAUUAAGUUGGACAACAACAAAAAAAGUCGAAGCAAAUGAAGCAUUUUUAAAGACAGAACAGCGAAAAAGGUUUACAAUAUUUACAACAUCAAAAGCAUCUGAAAUGCAUUGAAGAUCACAGAUAAACCCGUUGAGGUGUGUAUUUUCUAUUAAUGGUGCUUCAUAAGAAACCUAAAGGUGUGAAUGAGGGAAGCAUGUUUGUUUUAAAUAUAGCCCUAGUCUCCGUCUUGUGCAGUUAAAACUCUGCACCCUCUUGAAGUUGAUCUGGAGUUAGUGUUGGCUCUUCAGACGAGAACAGUACUGUAUGAAUGCUAUAAUAUAAUGCUUAGAUUAGAGUUGGAUCCUUUGCCGUUCGAGCUGAGCUGCAUGGUUGAGUAGAAUCAAGGUAAAGAUCACAAAAGAAGAACACCAGGAUGGUGACUAAACAAUGUAGGUUAGCAACUGAGUGCCAAAAUACAGUGGUCAGGGUGCGAAUCAACAGGAAAUAGCCAGGAAAAAAAGAAUGACAAGUAUAGCUGCCGAAGCUAUAUCACCAAGGUGCUUGAUGUAUAUAAGUAAACUUAUUUUUGAGCCUGUAAACAUUUGCACAUAGAAAGGAAGAGCAAAGCAAAAUGUAUAUGAAACAAUCAGCACUAUUACUUGUAAAACAAAAAAACACGCUGGAAAUAGUAAACUAUAUUUCUUCUAUUCAUAUUUCCUCAUCUUUUACAUGUUGCAGGUGGUGUACUAGAAUAAUAAAUUAACACAAACACAUACCUCAUUUUUACUUUAUUUGUAUUUUUCUUUGUGUUUUCUGUGCACAUUUAACCAUGAACUUUAACCUCCGACACUCCGCUACAGCAAAACAUAUAUUAGCAUAGUGCUGGAAAGUGGCCCCCCCCUACCAUCACUGCUCUACUAUCAGACACUGUUGUCUAAAUAUAGUCCUGGCUGUAGUUUCUUAUGUGUGGUUGAACCAGGUGAAAUGUGUUUCUUCUGCUUUUACUGCGACUCGCACUUCAAGACAAUAAAGACAGUAGGGGGACAGAUUUGAAGCUUAUAUACACUCAUGCAUGUGUGGCUGUCGAAAUCAGCUAAUGGCUAAUCGCAGUGCUUCACUACUGUUGGAAUACAGAAGGAGGAUGUUAGAGAUAAAUUGAGUGAGACAUAAAACACACCAUUUCCCUUUGUAUAGGUUUACUUUCACACACUGAGUGAGUCUCUAUGUAUGCAUGUGCCAGUGUGUAUGUUUUUGGGUGUUAUGUCUGUAUAGUGAGUGUUUUUAAAAAGACUUUUACCGGGGCAAAUGUACAACACGAAGAAGAAAGAAACAUUACAAGUCCAAUUUGAUAUCGUAUGUGUUCAACUUUCCAAGAGACAUUUGAGACUGAGCUGUCUUUUGACAGUUAUGAUCUGAAAAAUUGUAAAUAUUCAAAUCAAAUGACAAUGGAGUUUUCCAUUGGUACUGUUUCUUUAUGAGUGUAUGGAGUUGCCAAAUAAAGUCAAUUUAAAAAUAACUCAAGUUAAAAAAAAAAAGAAGAAGAAGAACUACUGAAAUGCAAAUGCUUUAGCGAAAUGACUGUGUGAUGGCUUAGAUAAUAUAUGUGUAAAGGAAAUAUAGCUUUGAAUAUAUACUUGUGUUCAAAGACUGCAGGAGAAGAAUGUCCACAGUCACACACCUGAAAAGGCACUUACAAAAGUUUUGAAUUAGAUACCUGAUUGCUCUAUUUAGCUUUUCAUUGGAAACCACGGUGGUUAAUGACAGAACAUGACUUCAUGUUUACAGAGGAAAAAUAUUAUAUUUGUGUCUGAUAACAAUUUGAUGCCAAUCCUAAGCACUGAUGAAUAACUCCAGAUGUGUGACUACGCAGCUUUAAAUAUCAAGACAGUAAUCUAGGCUAAAACAAACUUCACUGCAGAGCUACAGUAUGUAACGUGUCAAGAGAGACCGAAAGAAUAAAAGAUACAACUGAGCAACAAA